UCGAUAGUUUGUUUACCAAUUAUAGAAACGGAAUUAAAGAAAUUCUUCAAUGAUCUAGUCCUAGAAUAAUGGAGAAACUGGGCCUUGGUUGUGCCUUCUCUUUCCUGGUCGGAAAGCAGCAAGAAUCAAUAACAGGACCCAGCCUCCUGCAGCUGAACUACGAUUGUUACCUGCAGAUAUUUUCGCAUCUUAAUGCCCUGGAGGAUCAGCUCAAUCUGGGCCGCGCCCAUCCUCUGUUCCAAGAUGUGCUGGCGGACGUGUUACGAACACGUUACGGAAAAAUCAACGUGCGGAUGCUAAAAACUGUCUCGGACUGGGAAUUCCUACUUAGUCUGUGCGGCUCCGAAGUUGUCAGAUGCGAGGUGCCGCACGGGCGCUGGGAUGAAGCUAUCACAUAUCCAUUCCUGGAUGUUAUCAGUCGAUAUUGCCCCAACCUGCGUCAGCUAGUGGUCAUAUUUAUGCACGCGGAUACGGAAACGCCGCCAGUUGGGGGUGACAGGGGCCACAUCAUGCAACAGUUCCUGAAAUUACCUAGUCUGAGCAACUUAACUCUGAUCGAUGCCAGAACCCCGCAGCUCGAACAAUUGCAUAAUUUUGGAAAGCUUCAAGCCUUAGAUGUGGAUGGACUCGAUCCCAAUCUCAGCGUGUCCGCGUUCCGACAGAUUUUUGAAAACAAACUGGAACUUAAACGACUGUUGCUGAACUUUGGACGCAGAUUUAGACUAGUUCAUCAGAUGCCAGAGCUAGCCGAAUGCCUUCCACUUUUGGAGCAUCUGACACUGGAGAACUUUGAUUGCGACAUAAGCGAUCUGGGUGAUUUACGGGCCCUUCAGUCUUUACGCUUGAUCAACCGCUGGUUGGCGGAAGUGAAUACUGAUUUUUAUAGAUCGCUCCUCAAACGAUACUGCGACCGCCUGCUAAGACUACAGCUAAUCUCCAUUCGGGUUCGCGAGGACCAGGUGCCUCGCAUUGUGUCUCUUCGCCAGCUGAAGGCUCUGGAUUGCGACAACUGGCCAGCCAAAUCCAUGGCGGAGGUGAGCAAAUUGACUGACCUUGAGUGCCUGGCCCUGGAUUGCAAAGAAGAAUCGCCUGUCAACGCAAGUGAACAACUCUUGGCCGUGGUCACAAGCUGUUUGAUGUUAAAGCACAUAAAAUUUGGCAAACGCUGGCAGAUGUCUGGCAUCGAUGUGAAUGAUUUUGUAGCCAACGUGAGGGAAAUAAUAUCAAAACGGGAGCAGGAACUCCUGAUGACAUUCAUUUUUAUCAAGACACAUAGUAGACGAGAAGAGAUCCAGCACCUUUUAAAAGAUCAGAGUCUCCUGAGAGUUUCAUUUAAUGAACUCAGCACCUGCCCACACUGUGAACCAGACACCCACUCCAGAUUCGACACCAUCUUUGACUGAAAAACUCACCUCACAGUGCGACUGUUCAAUGGCAAUUGUCAGCCAAAUCAUAUACAUCUUGGCCAUCGGAUUUGUUUAAAGCCCAUCUCUGUGAAUCCAUUAUAACAAGCG